CGGCAACGCGGGAAGAACCAAAUGCUAAGCCGACUCUGGAAACGAGCUCCCUGUGGUAUUGCAUUUGUACUACGUCAUUCCGCAACCAGCCAAAUAUCCGACAACUCAAUCCUGACGUCGCAACGACAACUUCUUCCUCUGACACAUAAGAAGAGCUUCAAUCUCAAAUUCAAUUACCGUUAGUUCCAGCCGAGUUUGCUCAACAUAUCACAAUGUUCCGUUUUCACAAAUCUCUCGAUAUUAUAACCCUCUUCCAUAAGCCAUCCUCCGCCGCUUCUACUCGCGUCCUUACUCUGUUGAAACAAGCCUCUGCUGAAGCCAGCUCAGGAGCAACAGGGGACCAGGCUAGUGAUCAUGCGCAGCAAAACAAGUCUCAGAGAACAGAAUUCCAACUGGACGUAACCGAAGAAACACCCACCAGUGACCAGCUUAGAAGCAUUUUGGAAUAUCUCGGACCAAACAAGGCGGGUACUUUAGUAAAAGGAGCCACUAAUGAGGCGGAUGCAAAGAAGAUACUCUCACAAACUCCUGACAGUUUUAUAAGACCUUUGACUGUCGAUUGGGACAAUGGCAGAGCAGUGGCCGGUGAUAACGAGUCAGAGAUACUGAGAAUGCUCCGCUCACUUCCAAAAGAAACGAAUACUGUAUAAUAUUAAAAUAGGCAGUCGCUCCCAUGGGACCAAAAUCUUUUGUGUGUUUAAAUAUACGGAGAAUUUUAUUGAAUGACACUCGAACCUUUUUGCUGAUGUCGUGCCCCACCC